UUUCUCGCGGCCAAAGGGGUUACUAUAACAAGGUCCUCCUACGCCUGACAACUACCUCUGGAGCCAUGAGGUCAUACUGGAAAACCAUGUCGUAUAGGCAUGAUAUUCUUCGGACCUGCUUUGCGGCGACAACAGAUUCCCGACGUGCCAUUGCUCAGAUCGUCCUCGAGAGCUGGGAAAUACCGUGGAAGACGUUCGAUGUGAGUGAAUUGUCUUUCGAUGGGGCGAUUGAGCAACAUCUCAAGUCUCUCCCCGAUCCAGUAGAUUCAAGGACACCACCGAUAUCUCUAGCGCUACUGAGGUACCGUGGAUCCGAGUUUCUGUCAUUCAUCUGCCAUCACGCACUUUACGAUGGUGUCGCAAUGGAACGACUUCUCAAGGAGGUGGAAGCAUUGGCUGUUGGCGAGGAACUACCGCCGACUGUCCCCUAUAGUCAGUUUCUGAAACUGUCCACUCGCUUGCCCGAUGAUGCAGAACAGUUUUGGCAACGGCACUUUGAGAACUACAAACCAUCUGCAGUCUUUCCCCAGACAACUACGAGUGAAGUUGACCAGAGCACCUGCACCACAUCUAUGGAUAUCCCUCUCAGCGAUUUGCAGUUGCUUAUUCGAGAUCUCGGAUCAACCCUACUUUCGGUUUGCCAAGCAAGCUGGGCCACUGUCCUUGCAGCCGCAUACAGACGUACAGACGU